GUAACAUAGUUGAAAUGGUUCAGGUUAAAUCCUGCUAAAAUGCACCAUCUGCUGGUAAAACGGGGUAUUGCAUUCACCCUAGAAAGAGCGGGGUAUUAUGGGUAAUCCUCAGAGCCAUGAGGAUCACUGUCGAGGAGUUUCUUUCAUGCCAGAGACUGACUUUACCUCGGUGCCCAUGUGUGAAAUGCAGAGCCAUGAGGAUCACUGUCGAGGAGUUUCUUUCAUGCCAGAGACUGACUUUACCUCGGUGCCCAUGUGUGAAAUGCAGGUAUGAAAUAAAGAAAACAACUGAUGCCAGAUUGAGCUCCUAGUCGUUCAUUUCUGCACCAAGAAGCCACCAGAUCCACGUAGGCCACAUUGGUGCCGUGACUCGUCCAGAACUACAUCGGACCGGGCUGGUGACUUCUGAUCUUCACGUCGCUGGAGCUCCACUGUACCAUCUGGGUUUUCAACAAUAGUCUAAGUAGCACAUCUGAGUGUUUAUAAAUCCUUGGGAAAGGAUAUUUUCUUUUGAAUGCUUUUGGACUUUUGUCAAAAUGAGUUUCAGUAAUUUUGGACAAUCAAACAUGACUCCACUCUGUAGGGGUAGAGGUAGAGGGUUCUUUAACACCCCUGUUCCAUUUUCAAUGGGUGAUAAAGUGUUGGGUGGGGCAUUACUUGAUGUAAAUACUGAAGAUGACUCAUUUGUGACUGGGGAAGCUGUUACACCCAGUAGUCAGACCUGUCCUAAUAUUCAACCUCGUCAGUGUUCUAGCACAUCUACCCCAGAUUCUCAUGUUAAUAAUGCUGGGCUAGUUGAUCAGAUGAGCACUAUUGUCCAACAAAUAGGGCAACAGCUGGCUGAUAGUGUUAUGGCACACCUGAACUCAAGCACCCCAAGUGGUACUGCAAUAAAGAAUACUCAAAAUGAGAGCCAUCAAGUUCCAUUCAGCUCAUUAGAUCUUUCUCAGAUCCAGCUCGUCUCCAGAAGCCAGGUGAGAGAACCACCUAUUUUUAAAGGGGAGAGUUCUGAUACAGUUACAGUUGAUGAAUGGGAGGACUCAAUGAAAAGUUACAUCAAAAAGAGUGGUGUACAGCAAGAACACCUAGCUGAAGAAAUCCUGAUCCAUCUUAGAGGCAGAGCAAGGGAUGUUGUGAGGUGUGGAAUACGCAACUGUGGAAUUGAUGUUCAGCACAACCCACAAGCCAUCUAUUCUCUUCUUCGCAAGCACUUUGGGUCCGAUCAGUGCUCCCCCGUACCACUUGCUGAUUUUUACUCCACCCGGCCAAAAGAGAACGAGGAUCCAUUCGAAUAUUGGCUAAGAUUGAAUGGAGCAGCUGAUGUUGCUGUUAGCCGUCUUCAAGAACAGGGUAAGACCUUUGACAAUCCAAGUGUUGAAGUUACUCGCAUGUUCAUCAGAAACUGUCCAUGUAAAGAUUUAGCUAUCACCUUCAGAUCUAAGACCAUAGAAAAAUGGUCAGCACAAGAUGUUCAGGAGGUGUUGGAUGAGUAUCAUAUGGAAAAGGGACUGCGGUCUGCUCGGAAAGAAAGCAGAAUCAGUGUGAACCGUGCGGAGGUGGACUGCACAGCGCCCACAUCUGUUCAGAAGCAGGAACUGCAACAAUGUGUAGCCCCAGACAAUUCCACUAUGGACAGGCUGAUUAGCAUGUUGGAGAAAGUCCUACUUCAGGCCCAAGGUAACUCCCAGUCCGGCAGAAGGCAACCUGUUAAAAACCGUUUGCCGAAUAUUAAAGGACUGAACGACAUACCAUGUUCUGUGUGUAAUGAUAAUUCUCACACUGCUCGUACACACUGCCGUCAGCAUAAUCUGUGCUUCUUCUGCCAUCUUCCUGGCCAUUCAAGUCGAAACUGCCGUCAGAGAGAGCAGCUGCCUUCCCACAACCAGCAGGAAAACUGAAAGAUCUGCGUGGAGGGGAGGACAGCGCAGAUCAUCUUAGUGACACUCCCACCUUGGAUUCUUCUGAUGAUGACUGUGAGACACUGUACAUUAAUUACAGCAGCAAAGUUCCACCACAAAAGACACUAAUUGUGCAAGCCUCUCAGAGACUUUCAAAGACUGACAGCUUGUUCUACACAGAUGUGACUGUUGGAGGAAAGCAUUCUCUCAAAGCCUUGGUUGAUAGUGGAUCAAUGGCAUGCACCAUAAGUGAGGAGGCUGAAGCAAAACUUUCAAGCUGUCUCACAAACCUGGAUAAGAAACCAGCUGCUGAUUUUGUUAUUGUUGGAUGUGGAGGUCAUGUCGUCACACCUUCUGCAUUGUAUGAACUCACUCUAAGUUUUUGACCUUACUGUCAUAAUCCCUGUUUUAGUAGUUCCAGGCCAAACUGAUGAAAUGAUAUUGGGCAGUAAUGCUAUCAGAUGGCUGAUUUCACGAAUAAAAACCUCUUUUGAUGGGGCAACUGACUGUUCCUCUCAGAGAGGCAUUCACAAAGACAAUUUGCCCUGUUUAAUGUCUCUGCUGUCAGACUCAAUAUCCUGUGACCCAGGCAUGAAACCCAUCAAAGUGGGCACAGCCAAACUCAAAAGGUCUGUAACUCUCCAGCCCCUAACUGAACAUUUAGUUUGGGCCAAACUGCCUACAUCAGAUGUUUCUUUAGUUGGAUGUUCAGUCAUCAUUGAACCAACUCAGUCCAAAUGCAGACCCAGACAAAUCCUAGUGGGGAGAGUUGUGGCGUCAUUGUACGGUGACGGGUGUGUUCCUGUCAAGAUUGCAAAUCCAACUGAAAAACCUCUCACUCUGAGAAGAAAUGCAAAAGUUGCCGAUGUGUCCACUUGUGUUUCUGUACAGGACUUCCCCAAGCCUGAGCUCAUCCAAUCCAACACACAGUACACCAAAGACCCUGUAAAGACACCAGUAUCUGACAAGGAGAUGUCUCAUAUUCUGAGUGACAUUGGACUCCAGGACUUGGACCUCUCAUCCUGUGAAGUCUCCCUUGAGUGGAAAAAUAAGUUAGUGCAAGUCAUUCAGCAGUAUGAAUACAUCUUUUCUCGGCAUAAAAUGGACUGUGGGGAUGCUACAGAUUUUGUGCACAGAAUACGACUUGUGGAUGACAAACCCUUUAGACUACCAUACAGGCGUGUUCCGCCCUGCCAUUAUGAAAAACUGCGCACUGCUCUGAGUGAAAUGGAGGAGUUAGGAAUUAUUCGUAAAUCACAAAGCGAAUACUCCUCUCCUUUGGUUCUGGUUGUUAAGCCUAAUGGAGACCUCCGCAUCUGCAAUGAUUUCAGAUGGCUGAAUGCGCGAACCGUUAAAGAUGCGCAUCCAUUGCCUCAUCAAACAGAUGCCCUCGCCGCACUUGGUGGGAAUGUAUUCUUUUCCACCAUGGACCUGACUUCAGGGUUCUAUAAUGUGAGGCUACACGAGGAUGACAAAAGGUUUACUGCCUUUUCAUCUCCAUUUGGCCUGCAUGAGUACAAUAGGAUGCCUCAAGGCUUGACCAAUAGCCCUGCAACUUUCAUGCGAAUGAUGAUGUCUAUUUUUGGGGACCAAAAUUUCACUAGUUUGCUAUGUUAUUUGGAUGACCUGAUGGUCUUUGCCCCAUCUGAACAGGUUGCGCUUGAUCGGCUCCAGAUGGUUUUCUCUCGUCUGGCUGCAAAUAACUUAAAACUGUCUCCAAAAAAGUGUCACUUCCUUUGUAGGUCAGUGAAAUUUUUGGGUCAUGUGAUAAGUGAGGACGGUGUAAGCACUGAUCCUAGUAAAGUUGAGGCUAUUAGUGAGGUACAGGAAACUGAUCUCAUGGAGCAUGAUGGUGAGACACCAUGUGCCAGGAAAAUUAGAUCCUUUCUUGGGAUGGUCCUUUAUUAUCAUCACUUUAUUGGGAAGUGCUCUGUCAAAGCCAAACCACUCUUUGGCCUUGUAGCUGAGCCUGGAGCGACAAACAAAAAAGGGCGAGGCAACAAACCCAAAUUCAAAAAGGGUCAGGUUAAACUGUCCCCAUCUGACUGGACUGACGAGUGCAAGGAAGCAUUUAAAACUUUGAAAAACGAUUUGAUAAGUAGUGUUACCUUGGCUCAUCCGGAUUUUAAUGCUCCAUUCAUCCUUGCGGUUGAUGCCUCUUUUGAUGGCAUUGGAGCUGUUUUGUCACAGCUUCCCCCUGAUGGAAGGGUGGCUAGACCAGUGGCUUUUGCCAGUAGGACUCUCUCACGCUCACAGCUAAACUAUCCAGCACAUCGCUUGGAAUUUCUUGCUCUUAAAUGGGCAAUAUGCAACAAGUUUAGCCACUGGCUAAAAGGGCGUCAUUUCACAGUCUGGACAGACAACAACCCAUUAACAUACAUACUAACCAAGCCAAGGUUAGAUGCGUGUGAACAACGGUGGGUUUCCAGGCUCGCUGCCUAUAGUUUCGAUCUGAAUUAUGUUCCUGGUAGCAAAAAUGUUGUCGCUGAUGCCUUGAGUAGAGAACCAUUUGUUCAGUCAUGCAUGAGCCAUCGCAUUGUAACUGAACCAUAUACCGCACUGCUUAACCAGGUGAACGGUAUGAUGGACAAAACGGUCCAAGAUGCGUUUCGUUGUACGAACAACUGUCAGCUGGUUGUUGAGAGCACAGAUGACAAUGCUGAGGUUCCCUCACCGACUCCCCAGAUAUUAACAUCACAAGAUGUGUCAGCUGUUCUUGAGGCACAUGAGUCUGGAGGUUUCAGUCAGACAAGAGCCACUGAUCCAGUUGUCUUGCAACUCAGUGACAUUGAUCAAUCUGCCUUGAUGCCAAAGAGUGAACUUGCUAGUUUACAAGGUCAGGAUGGUGUGUUGGGCCGACUUUUCUAUUAUGUGCAGCGUCACAGGAGACCCACCAGACGUGAACGUGCAAGUGAGUCACCUGGUGUUCUAAACCUGCUGAGACAUUGGCCUAAGCUUGUCAUUAAAGAUGGCCUGAUGUACAGAGUUAAGAAAGACAAACAAAUGAACAUGACAACUCAACAGUUUUUUGUCCCUGACUCUUUAAAACCCAAGGUCCUCCAAGGGGUGCAUGACUCAGCUGGUCAUCAGGGCCAGGCCCGCACACUGUCUCUCGCCAGACAGAGAUUCUUUUGGAUUGGGAUGGAACGAGACAUUAUUAACCAUGUGAAGUGCUGUUUUCGAUGUGUGGUUGGUAAAACUCCAGAACCUAAUGACCGAGCUCCCCUUGAAAGUAUUCACACCUCUGAGCCAAUGGAACUGGUCUGUAUUGACUUUUGGACAGCUGAGCUCUCAGACAGGCGCUGUGUCGAUGUUCUAGUUGUAACAGACCACUUUUCCAAGAUGGCACAUGCGUUUCCAUGCAAAAAUCAGUCAGCCAAACAAGUUGCUCGUCGUCUGUGGGAUGACUUCUUUUGCAUAUAUGGCUUUCCUAAACGCAUUCAUUCAGAUCAAGGAGCAAAUUUUGAAAGUCUUCUCAUCAAAGAACUGCUGGACAUGGCUGGCAUACAAAAAUCUCACAC